AUGGAAGCAGUAAGAGCUUUUAACAAUGAGUUGUCUGGCCUCUAUGAUGCUAAGCCACCUGUGUCACGGGCCAAAAUGGCCUUACUGACCAAAUGUGCAAUCAAGGCUAUAAAAUUUUAUAAACAUGUUGUACAAAGUGUGGAGAAAUUCAUUCAAAAGUGCAAACCAGAAUAUAAGGUCCCUGGCUUAUAUGUAAUUGAUUCUAUUGUGCGGCAAUCACGACAUCAGUUUGGAGCAGAGAAGGAUGUUUUUGCUCCAAGAUUCACAAAAAAUGUUGUUAUGACAUUUCAGAAUCUUUUUAAGUGUCCGCCUGAUGAAAAGAGCAAAGUAGUCCGUGUACUAAACUUGUGGCAGAAAAAUGCGGUUUUUCCAGUUGAAGUUAUUCAACCACUUUUGGAUCUUGCAGCUGAACCAGGCAACCCAGAAUUAGUGGCUUCUGCUCAACGAGCUGUUGAUGGCAUUUUGGCAGCUAACCAAAAAACUGGCCCUUCGGCCAACCAGCAGUCUGGAGAGCACCAUUCUCAUGAUUCUGCAACCCAAGCUCGGCAUGAUAAAGACAUCCCUUCUGCUAACAGUGUCUUAGAAGCACAAAAUGACAUGUUGGAAACGGUCAAGCAAUUGCUGCAGCAAACUCAAAAGCAGCCGACAAGUCUAAGUGCCCAGCAACAACAGCUUCAACAACUACAGCUGCUUCAACAGCAGUUGUUACAGCAAACAGAAUUGAUGCAACAACCUGCCCAGCAACAGCAGGCAGCAGCAAUCAUUGACAGUAAUCUUCUUUCUCAGAUCCAAACGCUGACUAACCAAUUGCUCAACAAUCAGAUAAAGACCUCCAAUUCAAAACCACCAGAACCAGGAUUUAAUAAGAAGUUACUUGACUUUGAUUAUGGUGAGAGUGAUGAUGAUGAUGAUAAACAUGAUGAGCCUAAUGAAAGUAUACCAGGAAAUGUCCAAAAUAUUUUAAAUGAUCCAACUAUCAUGCAGCAGAUUCAUCAAAUGUCACAGACGAUAAAAAAGACUGAGCAGCUAAAAAAUGAACUGAAUAUACAAGAACAACUUCGACAACAACUUUUAAAGCAGCAAGAACAGGAAUUCAAUCAACAAAUUAGUCAGGAUGCUGCACCACCAAUACCACAUCAUAUGCCUGUACCACCUCAGAUGCCUCCUCAGCCUCCUCAAACACAGAUGAUUCAGCCUCAGGCCCCUAAUAUGCAUCCUGCACCUAUGCCAUAUUAUGUGCCAGAGCCUCAAUAUCCACCUCCUCCUAGUCAAAAUGAUCUCCCUGACCGCAUGGAAAUAGAUGGUCGACAUGACCGACAUUAUAACCAAAUGUCUAAUGCAGAUGUGAUUGUGAUUGAUGACCAGCCCGAGAUUCACAAGCCAUCCCGUAAUAGAGAUCGAUCAAGGUCUAGAUCGCCUCGACGGAAGAAGAGGUCAAGGUCAAGAUCGAGAUCUAAGGAACGGCGAAGAAGAUCUCGGUCACGAGAUCGAGAUAGGGAUCGAGGUGGAGAUCGGGACAGAGACAGGGAUAGGCGCAAGAGAUCACGCUCUCGUGAAAGAGAAAGGGAGCGACAAAGAGAAAAAGAAAGAGAACGAAGACGUAAAGGAUUACCUAAUAUUAAAGAAAGAACUCUUAGUGUCUGUACUAGAACUAUAUGGCUUGGACAUGUUGGAAAAGUGACUACAGAAGAUGAGCUUCGGUUAGAAAUUGAAAAAUAUGGUGCUGUUGAAAGUAUAAAUAUGAUCCCACCCAGGGGUUGUGCAUUCGUGUGCAUGGCACGACGCAAAGAUGCUGCAAAGGCAGUUGAAAAAUUAAAAGGUGUCAAAAUUAAUUCAAAUCAGUUAAAGGUUGCUUGGGCUCCUGGUAUUGGUGUGAAAGAUGCAGAAUACAAAGAUCUAUGGGAUGUUGAAUUGGGUGUAACAUACAUUCCUUGGGAAAAAUUGCCACAAGAUUUGACUCAUUUGAUGGAAGGCGGUAUGAUUGAUGAAGAAACUGUACCUGAUCACCUUAAAGCGGGCUUAAAUCUGGACAAACCUGAUACAGUAGAAACAAAUAACCUUGAAGAACCAGCUGUCAAUUUCAAGAUAAAUGAAGUCAAUAUGACCAGUGCUGCUCCUAUGGCUAUUCCUCCUCCUGCAGCUAUUCCACCUUCACAGCCUCCCAUGCAAGGCCAGCCUAUGCCACGAAUGCUGAUGCAGAUUCCUCCUCCUGCUGGAAUGAUGCCACCUUUGAUGAUGCCUAUUGCACCUGGAAUGCCGAGGCCUCCAACAACUGGAGUCCCACCUCCUCCAUUGGGCAUGGCUCCUGCUGCAACUUCUCAGGCACAAGUCUUACCACCAAGACCUGUUCCUCCUGUUCAGACAGCAAUGUCUGUGCCAUCAAUGGCUCCAACAGUUGUACUGACAUCAGUGGCUCCAUCGACCAUGUCCAACCCCUCCAUUCCCUCUUUACCUCCUCCUGCUGCUGUCCAAUUGUCGCAGGGAAUCCAGAAUACUUUAAGCAGCGCUGUGACUGUCACUGGAGGUAUUACUGUUCCACCUCGGCCACCACCAGCUUUUACUGCACAGAUAAGACAACAACCAAGGCCUUUCCCACCACCUUUCCAGCCAGGUGCUACUUUCCGCAUGCAGAUACCUGACACUGUUAGAGGGGUGGCUGCUGCCAGACCCCCUUUGGAUCCAAAUAUUGCUUUACAAAGUGUUGACAAGGAUAAGCUUAAUGAGAGCAACAAAGAGGAUUGGCUAAAAAGGACGUCUGACAGUCAGAAUGAGGUGCAAGAUAGUGAUAUGAAGCUUGAAGUUGGAUCUCAGGAGCCAGAUACGACUCCUGAGGCAAUGCUGCAUGCUGCUGCAAUGCCUCCAAUGUCUGCUGCAUUGCAACAAAUGUUGGCUCAACGACCACCUCCUAACCCUGCAAUGGGACUUCGUCCACAUUUACCUCCUGGAAUGGGACCAAGACCUGGCAUGAAUGGCCCUCCAACUGAGCUCCGAUUGGCAGGACCAAAUGGGCCCCUUUUAACAGGACCUCCUAACAGACAAGCAGCAAUAGGAAUACCAGGCAUGCCUGCUAAUAUUAGCAUUGGUCCUCGGGCGUUGGGGGUUGAGGGACCUCCACCUGGAUUCACAGCCACUCGAAUGGGAUUGCCUGGCGGACCUCGAUUUGCUCACGUGGUUUCCUCCUGUGUUUCCAGGUGGACCACCGCCCAGAUUCCAAGAAAUGAAAGACCUGGUGGUGAAAGAUGGAUGGGUAGAGAUCGUUGGGGCCCUAGAGAUAAUGGUCCAGGGAUGCGAUUCCGUCGAGAAUUUGAUCAGAGAGAAGAGUUCUUUGAUAGAAGUCGCUAUGUCUUAGAUAACAGAGAUCCUGGAGGGGCUGGUGGACGACGUGGCAAUAGAUUUGAAGGUGAAGAAGAAAACAGUGAACGUUCACAUCACUAUGAUGAUGAUCGUGAGCGUUCACGCCAUGAAGAUGAGAGAGACAGAUCUCGACGUGAUGAUGAUCGAGAAUGGUCACACCGUGACGAUGACAGAGAUAGGUCUCGACGUGGUGAUGACCGUGAUCGUUCUCGACGAGAUGAUAGAGAACGCUCACGACAUGAUGAUGACAGGAACAGAACUCGACAUGAUGACAGAGACCGAUUCAGACAUGGUGAAGUUGGCCGAGAGGGUUCAGAAAGUGGCAGAUCUAGAAACCGUGAAGAUCGACCUCGAAAAUCUCGAUGGAGUGAUGCUGAAGACAAAUCUGUAGAGACUCCUAUGGAAGUCUCACAAUUAAAUCCAGCCAAACCUUUGGAAACAGUUCCUGAAGGUGUCGAGGCACCACCAGUUUCAGAUCAGAUUGUCAGUUCUGAACCUAUGGAACAGUGUUCAACAGAUACAGUUCCUCGUGGUGAAAUGACAUUUACACAAGAUGCUCCUCCAGCAGAAGAAAUGGCAGCUGAUGAUUAUGAAAACCCCAAAUCCUUUUCCUCCCAAGAAAAAUAUUUUGCCCCAGGCACUCGGAUAACUGAAACUUACAAACCAGCAAAAGAAUUUCCACCUGCUGACAAUAACUCUCUUACUGAAAACUUUGGCCCUCCGGAAAACUUAACUCCAGAUGAGGCUUACACUCCUGCUGAAGAGUUUGCUCCUCCUGGGAAAAAGGGUUUUACUCCAGUGAAGGAAUGUGCACCCACACCAGCAGAAGAUUUCACCCCCACAGAAGAGUUGAUGCCUUCUGAAAAUAUUGCACAUUCAGUAGAAGAGAGGCCAACAAAAUUUAAUUCACCUUCAGAACAAAUCACUCCAGUUCAAGAUAUCACCCCUGUUCACAUGGAGGAUGAUGAUGUGGAGGAGGGCAAGCACACAAGGACAGAUACAUCAUGCCUGGUGACGAUCAGGGUGCGGACUCAGGAGAUGUGCUGCGGUUCAAUUGGGCCCCAGCACCAGGUAUGUGUUGCCUCAUUGAUUGUACUUGUGCUAAAUGAAAUCAGAGAUGGCCCUCCAACAGUACCUGCUGUUGGUGGUUGGCCGUCUGCAUAA